GGUGGACGGCGCUCGCUGCUUUAGUACCCCCGGGCCGACCUGGGACCGGCACCGACCCGAUCCCGGCACUGACCUGAUCCCACCGGUACCGAUCUGAUCCCACUGGCACCGACCCGAUCCCGGCACUGACCCGAUCCCACUGGUACCGAUCUGAUCCCACUGGCACCGACCCGAUCCCACCGGCACUGACUCGAUUCCACCAGCACCGACUCGAUCCUGGUACCGACCCGAUCCCGGCACCGACCCAGUUCUGGCACCGACCCGAUCCCACCAGUACAGACCUGAUCCUCCCGGCACCGACUUGAUUCCAUCGACCCGAUCCCACUGGCACCGACCCGAUCCCACCAGCACUGACUUGAUCCUGGUACCAACCCAAUCCCGGCACUGACCCGAUCCCACCGGCACUGACUCGAUUCCACCAGCACCGACUCGAUCCUGGUACCAACCCAAUCCCGGCACUGACCCAAUCCCACCGGCACCGACCCGAUCCCACCGGCACCGACCCGAUCCUACCGGCACUGACUCGAUUCCACUGGCACCGACCCAAUCCUGGUACCGACCUGAUCCCACCGGCACCGACCCGGUUCCGGCACCGACCUGAUCCCACCAGUACAGACCUGAUCCUCCCGGCACCGACCCGAUACCACCGGCACUGACUCGAUUCCAUCGACCCGAUCCCACAGGCACCGACCCGAUCCCGGCACCGACCCCAAUCCCGGCACUGACCCGGUUCCGGCACCGACCCGAUCCCACCGACACAGACGCAGACACCGGUUCUGACCCGACCCCACCGGGAUCCACACACCAGAGCCGGACAGAUUCAAGGACCCCGAGACGGCUGCUGCCCCACGGCCCUGGCCUAGGGGGUGACCCCCCGGCCCCGCUCCCGCCCCCCCCCCCCCGGCACCGGUCCAUGGGGGCAGAUGGGAUGUAUGAGAAGAUCAAGAUGUUGAACAUUCAGAGCACGGGCUGGGGCGGGCGGCAGGACUGGUACCCGGACGGGCUGGUCCCCGGGCAGCCCAACCCAGACAGCUGCCAGCAGCUGGAAGGUGGCCUGGAGCCAGAGCCCCUGGCCGGGGCCGGCGCCGACGACCCGGACGACUCGCAGCUCCGGCUGCAGCUGAAACGCAAACUGCAAAGGAACCGAACGUCCUUCAGCCAGGAGCAGAUCGAGGCCCUGGAGAAAGAACCCCUACUGCCCUCCAUCCCCACUGACAACCAGCCCCACCCCCAUACACCCCAGUCGGUGCCACCACUUGCCGGAUCAAGUACCGCCCCUCCCAACAGCCACAACCCCCCCCACACACACCCCUGUCCGCCGGUCUCGGGGAUCCCACCUGCAGUGCUCACCCGCCUUGUCCCACCACCGAGAUACUUGAGUAACACACCGGGGAAACUGAGGCACGCAGUGUUCAGAGCAAACACGAAGAACAGUCCCGCUGCGUCCCUGCCUCAAUCCUCCCCCCGCCAUCCUCUUCCCCCCAAACGCCCCCCUAAGGGACGCCAUAUCCACCCCCUGCCCCCCCGGCCAGUGGGUGACUGUCCUCUCCUGCCAGGUGCCAUGCUGGGGCGCAGUGAGGGCCCCCACCCCAACAGCUACGGAGCCCUCCCCCCACUGCCCAGCUUCUCUAUGGCCAACAGCCUCCCCAUGCAGGCCGUCCAGCCGGUCGCCAGCCAGGGGACCUCGUCCUUCUCCUGCAUGAUCCCGGGCGGCUCCUCGGGCCGCAGCUACGACCCCUACGGCCCGGCCCAGCUCCCGGCCCACAUGGGCAACCCCAGCCUGGGCGCCGGCACCAGCACCUCCACCGGUCUCCUCUCCCCCGGCGUGUCGGUCCCCGUGCAGGUCCCCGGCGGGGACCCGGAGCUCCCCCAGUAUUGGCCCCGUCUGUAAUGAUGGGAGAAAGCAGAUCUUUCCCGGGUGGGGGAGGGUGGGGGGAUGGCCGUGCCUGCCCCCCGGGGGGGCAGACACCACAGCUGGGGGUGGGGGUGCUGGGGGAGUCCCCCAGCUGCCCAGGGUAAGUCCUGGCCAGGAAGGGGGGGCUCCCUGCCCCCCCCCCGCGCUCCACAUCCCCGGUCAUCCCCCCCUCCCGUUCCCGCAUGUUGGUGUCUGUCUGUUAGAGCCGCUGUGACCCAGUGUGGUAUGUGUUGGGGGGGGACGACAAACCCCCCCAUUACCGAGCCCUUCCCCACGUCCCCCUCCCCUCCCCACUCAGGGGGUGGGUGGGGGGUAGCACCCCCUGUCUUGUGGUCCCCUCCCCCCACCCCUAGAGAGGGGGGCAGUAAAGAACCGCCGGGAGCUGGCAAAGGAUUCUGGGACUCCAUGGACCCUGCAGAGGAUUCUGGGAGAAGCGCUCAGGCCUUGCAAAGGAUUCUGGGAGACGCGUCAACUCGGCCGGACUGGCAAAGGAUUCUGGGAAAUGCAUCAGCUCCUCGUCCUCCUGGGGCAUGAUGGGAUAGUGGGUGACCCCCCCCAUCAGGGGGCUGUCUGACCCCCCCCACUCAACCCCCAAUUUUUUCCCUGCACGGAUGGACCCAUCUGGGGCUGACAGAUCCUGGGGGGAGGGGGGAUCCUGCUGCCCUGACCCUUGACCUGUCCCCCCCCGGGCCCCGACACCCCCGUGACCUCACUCCGAGCCCCCCGCUGUGAUAAGUUGU